UCACUCACUCACCAUAAUGUUGUUGAGGAACUAGAUUUGGUCAUUUGGAAUCGGAACAUUCUACAUUUCUAUCUGGAGAGGAGCUGUUGUAUUGUUGUAUUGUGAGCUGAUCACAAGAAGGUUUCUGACACUAACCUUCCAGGAAUUCAACAAGGUUGACGGAUUUCCUUGCUUUUGAUUAACGUAUGGAUUUCCGAUAUCAUGGAACGCCGACACACAAGGAAUUAACAGUGUGAUACAAUUCUGUGUGCGUGAUUCUUAACCCAUCUGUGUCAAUGUUAUGAUACCCUUUGUCCUGACAAGACAUUCGUUCGAAAAAACGGGAUCUAUAUAUUUUUAUUAUUAACAUAGAAUAUUUGUAUUGAUGUUUAUUGUGUCCCGAGUCAAAUCACGGAAGCAGAGCCAGUAACUGCUAUCGAUCGAAAGGUUUACUCAAUACAAGGUAGCACCGUGUCUAGCUGACCCAGAACCAUAAACACAGGAGAAGUCUUCCCGAUGAGAUUUCCUAAUAUGGAUCAGUGCGUGAUGGUUUGUGCCCUAAAUGAGAGGUGGAAGUGAGAAUGGUCAGAUUCGUCAAGAAGUGCCAUCUAAUUGAACGUUCAUACUGAUAAGGGAUCCUGAGGAGAAGAGAUCUAAGAGCUACCAGUGAGAAGAGUUUUUGAAGGAAAGCGUUCUUAAUCAUUAGAGCCCCAAAGGUGAAGCUAUAUAUAUGAGGACUCCCAUUGGGAAGAGCUCUUAAAGAAAAGAACUACCAGUGGGGAGAGUCCUCAAUGAGAAGAGUUCCUAUUGAUGAGUGAGUGGUCCUAAGGAGAAGCGAUAGUUGGAAUUGGAAAUGAGAAUAGAUCUUGAAAGGAGCAGCUCUUCAAGAGGAGAUUUUUAACAGCUCCUAAAGAUUAGCGACCCUGGUAAGUAGAGAGUUCCAAGAGAAGAGUUCAUAAAGAGAUGAGAUUUUGAAGAGGAGGGAAGAGGAAACAGUUCCCACAGUCCCAAGGAGAAGAGAUCUUAAAGCAAAGAGCUCCUGAUCAGAAUGGUUCUUGAACAGAAGGGACCCCGUGCGUAGGGAGAUCAGUAUCACUGCUGAACCACGCAUUGGAACGAAUUGCUUUGGAGCCUUAAAUUAUGCACAUGAGUAAAUUUCCUAGUUGAUUUGAAUUCCAUUGUAAAAAAAAUAAGACACAGCUUGUACGAUGCAACAGUUACCAUCUUAAUCCUUAAGGUUCUACGUGUCAUGAGUGCCUGUAUCUAAGCUGUUUGUGAACGAGACUGUGCUAGUAAAUGAGUCUGUGUGUUCCAUUCAUAUAAUUGUCUCCGCUAUUUGUCUUUUUCAUCAAAUGGGAUCUGUGUUCGUAGGAAAAUUGAGGCUGGUUAUUCUCAAGCGUCGACGUUAAUAUUUCUUGUUCGUCAGGGGCACCGGCUAUUGGUAAAUGGAACUAGAUCUCCAGAUGUAUACAUCGAUGCAGACAGACCACCGCCUUUAAGAAACAGCACCAAGUGCAAGACAAUCGACAUAUUUAACAAAAUCAAUAGAGAUAUCCUGAUAUAUAGACUCUGUAACGUCACGAAUGAUAAGAUUUACAAACGUAAUGACUGUCACCCAAUUCAGUGAUCACCUUUAAAGGUCAUCAAUACUUCUUACAUUGUUCAUAUAAUGAAAUGUUAUCGACAGCUUGUGAAUUAUACAUAUGCACCAUCAAUACUGCCUCAUUUCGUUGUGUCUGAGUUCAUAUAUGUAUGACACUGCUUGUUAUACAACGGGAGUAUUGUGACGGACAAGAAGAAAGGAUGGUGCGAGAUCAUCACUGAAGCAGCUUUACGAAAAUUUAUACCAAGGAAACAGAUGUUCAAUUGAAAAUGGGGGACUUUCAAGAGAUACCAGUUUCCGAUAAAUCCUCAGAAGUUUCAUUGACAACAACAUAAAUGUAUUUUUUCCAGUCAAGAAAGUACCAAGCUGUGCUACAUAGUGAUGACUUGUUUACACUUUGAAGUAAUUGAUUCUUGGGUGAGGUGUCCAAUAUUUCAGAUGUGCUGAUAGAAGACUUACACACCCAAACUGCACAUCAGUUUAGUCUGAGCCAAGGUUUAUGAGAUAACAGGAACAUCAUUGCGGUGCAUCGUUGUAUUUGACUGUCGGUGAUUUACCGUGCGGGAUAUGUUCAUGUUGACAAUACCACCAAAUAAGCAAUACGAUGUAUGUUGAGGAAGUGGGUCAAGUUAUUACUCAUUGCAAAGAAGAGUAAUAGUUUUGCCAUUCGGAUCAUACAGAUAAUUUAUAUUACAAAUAUGUUCAGAAGAACUCGCAGACUGUUUUAUUUAUAAACCAUUGUUACCCCAAAAUCUUUAAUUUUGAAGAAGUUUAUUAUGAACUGCUCAUGUAUGGAAGGUUCACAAUGUUCCACAUAUAAUUACAAAUACGGAUUUAUUCAAUGGUCAUACAUUACACACGGAUGCAAAUUGUAACUGUUUAACCGGUUCAUAUAUAGCCGAGUAUUCACUCACUGGAACUUGAUUAAAACAACAUUGUCAUUGGCGAACGAAGAGCUUAGUGUGAAGACAUUGAACCCAGGCCUGACUGGUGAACUACGGUAGUGAACGUGUCACUGUAGCUAUUGCAACAGGUCAUAUACUACAGGAAACAACCACACAAUGGACAUAUCUACAAUGGAUUCCUAUGAGUCUGACUCGGAUACUUCAACUGUAGAGGUCAGCAGUGACGACACCCCGAUGCCGACUCCAGGGGUAGGGGGGACCACCCCUAGGGGAAGGGGAAGGGGGCGUCCCGGGAGCAAGUCCAUUACCCAGUCGAGCUCAAACACCUCUCUGGAAGGGAUGGACACGGGGAGAAGAGGGCGCCUCCACUCCGCCCUGGGGCCGCGUUCAGCGAGGAGAAGACGUGGGGAAGAGGAAGACAAUGGCCCUGAGACGGUGGACCCGGAGGAGAAACUCGCCCUGUUGUUGAUCGAAGCCCUGGCGGACCACAGCAGGCAGAGACUCCGGGCGACACACAUGAGUCUCCGCCGAUACGGCUCUGUGGAGAACAGAGUUUCCCAGAAGGACCUGCAACUGGCGUUCACGGAGAACCAGAUCAAGUUCUCCCACCGCCUGCUGCAGAUGAUGACGGAGAUCUACGAGGACCACGGCGGGGUGGACUACGAGCGGCUGUACAAGUGCCUCAUGGCUGCUCAUCUGAAGACAGGGCGCGACAGUGUGAAGGCCCGUCUGAUGCGCAACGACCUCACCUCCAAGCAGGAGAUGUCCAAGGAGCAGCGCGACUACGACUUCCUGUGUCGCCUCGAGGACCUGCUGAUCCAGGACAGGACGUUCUUCGACAUCGAGGUCCUCAGGAAGGACUUCCAGGGCAAGGACACGAACAGGACGGGGAAGAUAGGCAGGGAAACGGUUUUCCUGGUGUGUGACAUGCGGACGCCACUGUAUGGAGCUCUGUUAAAGAAUCUGCUCAAGAGAUGUGACGAGGAUCAUAACGAUAUGAUCAGCUGGCCUGAGUUUCUCAGCUUCCUGGAAAAGUCUCAGCAGAUGGCGUGGCGGAGAUGCCCGGAACUUGCCGAGCUGCCAGAGAAGGCGAAACUGGCUGCCUUCAGUAUUGCCUCCAACCCCAUCGAGGAACUGUCCAGUGGCGCCAAGACAAGAGUUGUCUCCCGUCUUCUGAAGAAGGCAUCAUUACAAAAAGAAAAAUCAACAUUAUCGACAAUAAGUCGAGAGAAGUCCGUUGACGAAAGUGUCCCUCAAGCAACGACAACCAAUGAGCAGCCGAACCCACCCCAACAAGCCAAUCAACCCUCGCCAAAGAUUGAACCAGCCAAUCAGAAGACAGAGCCAGAUCCGGUCAAAGCAGUACCUGAUAGCAAAGAGAAGGAGAGUAAGGACACAUCUGUCAAACAAGCGAAAAAGUCCCCGGAUGACGCCCCUGGGCCGCCACCAAUGAUUGAAGUGGACAAGCCGUCAGACGAGGGCAGUGGCACUCCGACCAAACAAAGCACACAAGGACCACCAAAAGGCGCAGUUGCACCGGAACCAGAGCCUCCACUGGAACCGGAUAUAGAUGAAAGCAACAAGCACGCCGUGACCUUGGAGGUUCACGGCAAGAAGGUUAAGGUCGUUCAGCCAGAGGCAUACAAAGACUCUUCCCUACCUAUAGACCCGCCCCAGGAGAGGCUACAGCUGGACUGGGUGUAUGGUUACCGUGGCAACGACUGUCGAUGCAACAUCUACAUCCUGGACAACGACGAGAUCAUCUACUUCAUCUCCAACAUCGCUGUCAUGUACAACCGUGACGUCCACACACAACGUCACUACAAGGAACACACGGAAGACAUCAAGUGUAUGGCCGUCCAUUCCAACGGCAACAUAGUAGCCACUGGUCAGUAUGCGGGGAAGAAGGAUGACAAGUCGCAGGCACACAUCCGGGUGUGGCGGGCCGACACCCUGGGGACGGUCCAUGUCCUGGGUCUGGGAAACUUCAUCAAGGCCGUCAUGUGCCUCUCCUUCCAGAAGGACUCGGAUCUGCUCGCGGCGGUGGACAACAGUCAGGAGAAGACGCUGUCCCUGUGGAACGUGGCUGACGGCACCCAUGUUGCCAGCACCGUGCUGCACGUGGACGUCAUCUGCGACAUUGGCUUCAACCCCCACCACACCGACCUGCUGGUGUCUAUUGGCAAGGAACAUCUGGCCUGGUGGAAGGUCUAUCCGGAGACCAAUAAGAUAACCACACACGCCAAACCGGAGUACGAUAAUUACCUCCGGGCCAAGUUCGUCAUUUGUCUGACCCACACAGACAAGGGAGACCUCGUCACCGGCGACUCAAACGGCACCAUCUACGUUUGGGGAGACGGCGGCAACAAGAUCACCAACUUCGUCAAGCAUGGACAUGAUGGCCCGGUGUUCACAGUGCUACAUCACCGCCACCACCUGGUGUCCGGCGGGCGGGACGGGGUCAUGUACAGUUGGCAGUGGACCAAGAACAUGGACGGGGCCGGGAAAGUCGAGAUUUCCAAGUCGGAGGGCGGAGUCAGGAUGAUUCAGAUACACAAAGAGACUCUUCUCUUAGGAACCACCAUGAACUCCUUGUUGUCUGUCGUCAUGGCAACGAAAGGAUCCCCGCUUGAUGGCGCUACACUUGAGAUGUUGCCUCUUACACAGGGACAUUUUGAUGAGCUGCGAGGGCUGACGACGAUGCCCCAGUCAUUCAUCGGAGCAGAUUUCCUGACAGCUGGGGUGGAUGGCAUCAUCUGCAAGUUCAGCACUGAGAUCCAUCAACCUGUGUGGAAAAUAGUCAUGAAGGGGGCAACCUUCCUGUGUGCAGACUGCAGCAUUGACGGCAAACUCCUGGUGUUGGGAACACACGACGGACACCUCGUGAUCCUGGGGUUGGACGCGGAGGAUCUGUCGGUCACGGAGGUCUGCAACAAGAAGAUCUCCAAGGACAGACUGGACUCCAUCAGACUAGCCCCGGACUGCGCGUCCCUGGCGGUGGGGGGUCACGACAGGGCGGUGUACAUCUACUCCCUGCAGGAUAAAGAGGAGGGGGACAAGGCCUGGGAAAUGCUCGGCAAGUGCAAGGGUCACCGCGGACCGGUCACCGCCAUCGACUGGUCAAGAGAGAAGGUCGGCAACACGCACCUGCUCAGGUCAAGCUCGACGACUCCUGAGCAGUUCUUUUGGAAUCCAACGACGUGUGCGCGGGAGGAGGGAAAGAACGCAGUGUCGCUGUCAUGGUGCACCAGCAACUGCACCGUGGACUACGCUGUCGCUGGUAUUUGGUCCUCCAAGCAGGCAAAGGAGGCGACUGUCAACACCAUAGACGUCAACCCCAACAAGACCGUCAUCGCCAUGGGAGAUAACAACGGCUGCCUUAGCCUCUUCAGAUACCCCUGUCCCAAAGAUGGGGCUUUCAGCCACACCUACAAAUGCCACCUGAACGUCCAGACCGUGAGGUUCUCCCCCAGCGGCAAGUACGUCCUCACCAUCGGCGGGCGCGACUCCUGUGUCAUGCAGUGGAAGAUUGUAUAGAACAAACACAGUCAAGUGACUUUGUCUCGACACGUUAUUCUUACGUAUCAUCUAUAAUAAGAACUGUAGGUCCCAAUUGUCCUGAACCAAACAGCAUCUAUCUUAGCAUUAGCCCAUGGUUCUAUAUAUACGUGCAUUCCCUCACCGCCUUGAAACACACACAUUAAACAUCAUCUGUCUUCAAAUUAGCCCAUGGUCCUACAUUACGUUGUCCCUCCUUGAAACACACUUAAGUUACUUUGUGUGUUCAUGGGAAGAAAAAGAUUAUUCAUGAUCAUUUAUCUGGAAAUAAGCCCCCCUACACAAGUCCCUCAGUCUUGCAACAGGCUUUUGAUCGUGUCACAGUGAUCCCUUUGCCAAGGAAACAAAUAUUCAUGUCGUGAUUAUUUUGACAUAUGAUUGUGAAUACCUUCCUGGUCCUUAUUCCAAAAAGUCCCCAUCUCUAAAGUCCACUCACCAAAGUGAGGGAGGUUUUACGCCGCUUUUAGCAAUAUUACAGCAAUAUCACGGCAGGGGAAGACCAGAAAUGGGAUUUACACAUUGGGGAAUCGAACCCGGGCCUUCGGCUUUAACCACUAGGCUACUCCACCGCCCCUAUAGCUCUAAGACAACUUAUGGACAAUGUAUGCUUGGUCCAAUAAGGCACGAAGAAGCUCUACUUUGUAUCAAUCUUUCCAAUUAUUAUUAAUGGAAACAGAAUCGGACACACUUAAGUACAGAUGAACAGUCAGAACUAAACAUCCUGACAACAGAUGAACUGUCAGAACUAACAUCCUGACAACAGAUGAACAGUCAGAACUAACAUCCUGACAACAGAUGAACUGUCAGAACUAACAUCCUGACAACAGAUGAACAGUCAGAACUAAACAUCCUGACAACAGAUGAACAGUCAGAACUAAACAUCCUGACAACAGAUGAACUGUCAGAACUAACAUCCUGACAACAUAUGAACUGUCAGAA